AACGGCUAAAACUUAGCCGCAAACCAGGUCCUUCACUCCCGCGUUACUCUUUUUUGCAUAUUGCCGUAGUUAACUCAUUACCGUGCUGGAGAGGCUUGAAGGAACAGAUGGGAUCUCUGUGUGGGCCUAAGAAUUCAAGGGCAGGGGGCGGAGGCUGGACUCUAACAACAUACUAGCGGCACUUCAGUGUUUUCAGUUGAAAAUAGAAAGAGACCGGUGGAAGGAUAUUAAAGCCAGUGGUAGUUUCCUUGAGUAUGUAAAAUUUAAACCUUGUCUCACGAGUGUAUGGUAGAGCUAAAAAAGAAGACGACAAACAAGCAAGGGUCAUCUGAAAUUGUAAUUGGCCCAUUAAUAAUCCCAGGACAAAGUUGGAAAGAAGUACUCAAGCAUAAGACGGCUACAAAGAUGUUUGAUAUAAAGGCUUGGGCUGAGUAUGUUGUGGAAUGGGCUGCAAAGGACCCAUAUGGCUUCCUUACAACAGUUAUCCUGGCCCUUACUCCAUUGUUUCUAGCAAGUGCAGUACUGUCCUGGAAAUUGGCCAAGAUGAUUGAGGCCAGGGAAAAGGAGCAAAAGAAGAAACAAAAACGUCAAGAAAAUAUUGCAAAAGCUAAACGACUAAAAAAGGAUUGAAGGAAUGAACAAACAGGCUAUAGAACCAGAAGAACAUAAUUUGGAAAAUUAAUGCAGUGUUGAAAGGACCCACUAAGGUUUCUUUUCUGGUUUUUAUAGCAGUAAUUUGUUGUAAACAAAGUUGGAGCACCUGUAAGAAUCAUGUUAGUUGUGACCUCUACUGCAGCAACUUUUAGAUUUUGGUGUAGAAGUCUGUUGACAGUUACUGUAAACUGGCAUUUAUUAUGCUAUAAAUUCUUUAUAAUUGACUUAGUCAUUUGCCACUUUGCAGCUUAUAUUCUGAAAUGAAAACAGCCUGUGGAGAAAAAUGACUAUACAUUAUGAACUCUAUUCAAAUAAUGGCUUAGAAUAGGGUCCUGUUCAGGACAAAGGGAAUUGAGAAUGUAAAAAUCAAAACUGUCCUGAGGUGAAAGUGUGCUUUGGCUUAAAAAGGCAUAUAUAGUAUAUUAUUUACAUCUUUUUUUAUUAUUGCUUCUUUCUUGGAAUAGAAUAAUUUCUGGCUUUCUCAAAACCACAUACUAACCAAUGACCAUGUUUUGCAUUUUUCUCAUUAGCCUUUGAGAUAAUUAUCAGACAUUCUGCCUUUUUAAAAAUCUCGUUUUAUAAAGAAUUCUCGUAUUGGCUAUGUAGAAUACCACCUACCAGAUAGAACAGUUUUUGUACUUGUAAACCUGCCAUUUUCUUAGAGAUGUCUUGUUGAGUAGAAUAACACUAUGAUUUAAAGCUUGCAGUAAAAAUGCCAAACUUUGUGUUUCCUUGGAACAAGUUUAUUCUUUAUUGUGCUAUGUAGAAAUGUAAAGUAGUUAAAAUGUCUUACCACAUAAUUUGUUCAUUAUAUAGAUGCCACUUUUGUGUUUUUAUUCCAGUCUUCAUUUUAAUUUAUCUAAUAAUGAUAUUCUAUGAUCAAGCACGUUCAUGGUGGCAAUUAAAAUUUCAGACUUCUCGUAAGGAAUUCUAAAAAAGUAAUAGUUAAGUUCUAUUGCAUAAGUGGUAAAAGUUUAACAUUUGGAAAAAUUUCGUUCAUCAUACUAGUAAUUGGGUGAAAAAGGCAAAUUGUGUCAAAAUGAGAAUGUGUUAAAAUUAGAAAUAAAGAGCUAAAGGAUAUUUCCUUCAGCUAAGUAGUAUAACUGGAACUUUUUACUAUUAAACAUGGCUUUUAUAAAUGCGUGUCUAAUAAUUUUAUUUGCUGUCAGUAUAUAAUAGCUUAUUAAUAUUUUCCUCACCUCUGAUAAUUAAUUUUAAAUUAUAAAAAAUUGUCCACCAGCUUUAAUUUAAAAGUGAAACUAGAUACUGAAAUAAAUUUGAUACUUUUUUAUAAAGAGGUCCUGGGUUUUUUUUAAAGGGGGGUUAAUAAUAAAGUAAUUAAAGUUAAAUAUGUUAUAGAAGUUAGACUUUUCACAGGGUUUUGAGUUUCAUUUCUAACUAAAAGCCUACUUACAAAAGUUAAGAGCACUAUUUCUCAACAAUGAAAGCCUAAGGACUCCUGAGAAUGCUUCUGGACUGGUCUGAACACUGCUUAGUACUUUCACUUUAGGUUGUCAGUUCUUAGGUGUUGCCAGUGGAAUGAACGUAUUGCAACUUCCAUUUCAUUACUUAACCGAGGUAGGAUAUCUAGUGAUCUUUUUAUUGGCACUGAACUUUUUUUUUGGGGGGGGGGGUCACUGAACUUUUAAUAGUUGAAAUUACCAUUGAAAUUAAAACUUAAAAAUAUGCUUCUAUAGAUCUACUUGCCCUCCUGGGUCCACAGAGCACAGCUGAAGAAAAACAAGGUUAAGAUAUAUCUAAAAUGUGUUUGGGCUUCUGCAGUUAAACUGUUCGUUAAAGAAAUUUAUAUAUGUAAGUCUUGCUUAUGGCCACAUUUUAGAGUCAAAUAUCGAAGCAAAAGAUAUAUUCACCAUAAUUUUUAGUUAUCUACUAGAGCUGUGUUUUCAUUGGUUUUCUUGUUACAAUUUAAAGAUAUUUAACUGAAAUCUUUUUCUAUAAUUUCUUUAAAGUCUUAACACGUGCCAGUUUUUUAUUUGACAUAUGCCAUUUGUUUCUUUAGCUUUAGCUUUUCCAACAUUUAUGGAGCCUUUUUUAAUAUAUGUGAGAUCAUUAGGUAUUAUAAUAUGGAUGUCUAUAUGUUUAUGUGUAUGGGGGAAAUGGGGGGAUGUAAAAUAGAAUAUUAUGAGGGCUGGGAUCCUUCAGAAAAAUCAGUCUUUUCUCACUGCAACAAAUAGUACUAUUGAUGAAAGAAUGUUUUACUAUUAGCUGUAAUACUUCCUUUAAAAAUUGCCUUUUGUGCUGUUUCUGAAGUUUUGAGAACUAAUAUAAUCAGUUACCUUUUUGUGGCUGGUUUUGG